GCUGCAGGAUGAAUGGAGGAACUGGAAGCUGCUCUUCACGGGGAUGAUGUGGAGUUUAUCAGUGACCUGAUCGCCUGCCUUCUUCAGGGUUGCUAUCAACGCAGGGAUAUCACAUCUCAGACGUUUCACAGCUACCUUGAGGACAUCAUCAACUACCGCUGGGAGUUAGAGGAAGGGAAACCUAACCCCCUACGGGAAUCCACCUUCCAGGAGCUGCCACUUCGCACCCGCGUGGAGAUCCUGCAUCGUCUCUGUGACUAUCGGCUCGAUGCAGAUGAUGUCUUUGACCUCCUCAAGGGUUUGGAUGCAGACAGCCUCCGAGUCGAACCACUGGGUGAGGAUAGCAAUGGCGCCCUCUACUGGUAUUUCUAUGGCACUCGCAUGUACAAAGAGGAGCCAGCGCAGGCGAAACCUAAUGGAGAGCUGGCUUUGGACAGGGGCAGUGGGGGACAGACGAACACCCCAAGUGUUCCAGGGAAAACUGGCAAGAGACGGGGACGGCCCCCGAAGCGAAAAAAACUGCUGGAGGAGAAUUUAUUGAGGGAGAAGGCGGAAGAGAACUUUCUCAUGCAUGAGACACAGAUGAGAAAUGGAUCCCAGGGCCCAGGCCGUGGGACAUGGUGGCUGCUGUGUCAGACAGAAGAGGAAUGGAGACAGGUCACAGAGAGCUUCAGAGAGCGGACCUCCCUAAGAGAACGGCAGCUCUACAAACUCCUGAGUGAGGAUUUCCUUCCUGAGAUCUGCAACAUGAUUGCCCAGAAAGAAAAGCGUCUGCAGCAGACAGAGUUUUCUCCCAGGUGGAUGUCUGACCGCCAGCCCAUCAAACCAAUCCAGCAGGAGGCAACUCCAAGUGUCCUCAGUAGGAUGGAGAAACAGAAGCGCAGGGAGGAAGAGGAGGAGCGCCAAAUCCUUCUAGCUGUGCAGAAGAGGGAGCAGGAACAGAUGCUGAAAGAAGAGAGGAAGAGGGAGAUGGAAGAGAAGGUGAAAGCUGUGGAAGAACGAGCCAGGCGGAGGAAGCUUCGAGAAGAGCGGGCUUGGCUGCUGGCCCAGGGGAAGGAGCUUCCCCCAGAACUUUCCCACUUGGAUCCCAGUUCCCCUACCAGGGAUGAAAGGAGGACCAAGGAUCUCUUUGAAUUGGAUGAUGAGUUCACUGCCAUGUACAAAGUUCUGGAUGUGGUAAAGGCUCACAAGGACUCUUGGCCCUUUUUGGAACCAGUUGAUGAAUCAUAUGCUCCAAACUACUACCAAAUCAUUAAGGCUCCCAUGGACAUCUCCAGCAUGGAGAAGAAGUUGAAUGGAGGUCAGUACUGCACCAAGGAGGAGUUUGUGGGUGACAUGAAGACCAUGUUCAGGAAUUGCCUCAAGUACAAUGGGGAAGGCAGUGAAUACACCAAAAUGGCUUACAACUUGGAAAGAUGUUUUCACCGAGCGAUGAUGAAGCACUUCCCUGGUGAGGAUGGGGACACAGAUGAGGAGUUCUGGAUCAGAGAGGAUGGGAAGCGAGAGAAGAGGAGUCGUCGGACAGGGCGCUCCAGUGCUGGCAAUGUUUGGACCCGAUCAAGAGACCAUGAUGGACCAGGAAGGAGACAGCAACGCUUGGAGAAUGGAGGGAAACCACCACCAUACCGAGCUACUUCCCGCAUUUCUGCUUCCUCCUCAUCUUCGUCCUCUUCUUCCUCUGCAGAGGACCCAAGUGGCAACACAUCACAGCCCCCUCAAGAAGUGGGCCCUUCCAAUGGUCGAGGUUUCCCUCGCCCUCUGCAGUAUGGCGGAAUGCCCAACCAAGUGCCACAUCCUGGUCAGAUGCGGCCAGCAGUGCCAGGAACAUUUGGCCCUCUGAGAGGAUCAGAUCCAGCUAAGCUAUAUGGAUCACCACGAGUACCAGAACCCCAUCCUGGAGAUCCAGUUCAGCAGCACCAGCACUUUGCUAUGCAGCCUCCAGUUGGACUGAAUGAACACAGAGGACACAGAUUGCCUGCACCUGAGAAGCAGGUGUGUGCAGGACCAACACACAUCUCCGCACUGGGGUCACGGCCUGGAUCCCUGCAGCUUGGGCAAAUGAGUGGCCCACCCCCUGAUGCCAUGUACCCCCCAGCACAGUUUCAGCAAGGCUUUAUCCCUCCAAGGCACAAUGGACCUCCCAUGAGACCUCCAGAGAGCUCAGAAAUCCCCCCUGGCCAUAUGUACAGACCAUAUAAAUACCUGAAUCGAGCACAUCCUGCUGUGUGGAAUGGAAGCCACAGUGCAGCAAACCAGGCCACCCUGGGGCCAGAUGAAAAGCCCCCCAUGGGCCCAGGACCUUCUCUGCAGCCCCGUGCUCUUAGUCAUAUGAUGGAUCCUCGGGCUAUGAGGCUGCCUCUGCCUUCCAGCCAGUGGACUGAGCAAUCAAAUUUCCUACCUCAUGGGGUUCCUCCCUCAGGAUAUAUCAGACCACCUGGUAAAGCCACCAGCCAGAGGAUGCAGCAGUCACCGGCCACUGUGUUUGGGGGACCCCCUCAGGUUCAAAGAGGGUGCCAGGGUGGGGAUUCCAUGAUGGACAGUCCAGAGAUGAUUGCUAUGCAGCAGCUGUCAUCCCGGGUGUGCCCACCGGGUGUGCCUUACCACCCUCGUCAGCCUCCUCCCCCACACCUGCCUGGGCCUUUCCCACAGCUGGCCCACGUGGCAUCAGCCAAUGUGCAGCCCCCAAAGCCAGUGUUGGGUAAUGGAAAUGCUCAGGAUGCCAGUCAGACAGCAGAGCCGGAGAGCAACCAAGCAGCACCCCCUCCUGGAGGGGAAGAGAAGGGUCACUGCAUCAGUGUUGCAGAAGGGAUGUACCCCAAACUGCUACCUCAUUCCAAACCCACCCUGCAGAUGGACUGUACCAGACGGAGCUUGAUGCAAGAUGGGGAGGGUGAUAACUCUGGAACUAAAAUUGACCCGAAGGCAACACAGAGCAAGAGUGCCUGGCCAGCAGACAGCACCUACAGUGGCCCAGCAGGCCAGGGAUGUGUGAGGGACAUUGUGACAGCCUCUGAGAGAGGGCCUGUGCCUGAGAAUGGGGCUCUCGGUGAAGGGUCCUCCGGUGGCACUGAGGGAAAAGGACUGGCUGUUAGCAUCCUGGAGAAGCCCCUCUGCAGUGCGGGGAAGACUUUGCCAGAAGCGGCUGUGCCUUGUAUGGGACAGAGCACCAGUACUCCUGGUGUGGAUGGAGGCUCUGUGGGUGGGGCUACAAAUCAGUUUCCUCCCCUCUACAUGCCGGGCUUGGAGUAUCCAAAUUCAACGGCACGUUACCAUAUCAAUCCAGGACUCCAGGGGUUCAACCCUGUGAUGGGGGGGAAGCAUCCCACCCCUGUGUCCCAUCCACAACACUUUCCAGCUCGGGGCUUUCAGUCUAGUAACACCCACCCUAGUGUCUUUCCCCGGUAUCGCCACCAUCAGGGAAUGCCAUACCCCUAUCAGCCACAACCUCCACCUUCCUACCACCACUACCAACGCCCUCCUUACUAUACUUGCCCACAAGGCUACUCGGACUGGCAGAGCCCUCUCCAUCCCCAGGCCAGCCCUAGUGGGCAUCCACCCAGCCAUCCAGCUCUGCCCAGGCCUGCCUUCUCUGACAGAGGGAACAUGGAUAGUCUAGAUGGCUCUGAAGCAUUGAGCACUGCCCUGGUCUCCCCAAACCGAAUGGACAUGGCAAGCGCCAAAGAGGUUCCUCCAAGUGAUGGGCAGGAUCCAGGGCCAGAAGAUGAGAAGUCAGAAGACUCCCAGGAAAGGCCAGAGAGUCCCAAAGAGUUUCUUGAUUUGGACAACCACAAUGCAGCCACCAAGAGACAGAGCUCAGUGGCAGCAGGGGAGUUUCUGUAUGGGGCUCCCCCUCCACCUCUGAGUUCUGGGAUUGGAUUUGGUCCAUCUGCUUUCCCUCCCCAUGGGGUGAUGCUACAGUCUGGGUCUCCUUAUGCAUCUCGGCAUCCAGCCAGUCACUUCCCACCCAGGGCCUAUGGAUCACCAGUAAAUGCUCACCUAUCUCAUCAUCCUGCCACUGGCCAGGCCAAUGGCCUAUCUCAGGAGGGACCCCUGUAUCGCUGCCGGGAAGAGAACAUGGGUCACUUUCAGGCCUUACUGAUGGAACAGAGAGGUAGUGGAAGUGGCAUGGGGGGACCACCCCAGAACAUGUAUAGACCACCGGGAAUGCAAAUGCAUCAGCCCCAAGCCCCCUUCCCGAAGGUGCCUAUAGCAGCUAUGUCCCGAGAGGAGCUGCCACCACAGAAACCAUCAGCAUUGCCUCUGGAUCAAAGCUAGUCCACAGAGGGAAGAACCCUGAGAAAAUGAAAGCCACGUGAUUUGGACAAGGGGAAAAGGGUUGGACUCCGCAAUCCGUAGCAGCGCAUAGCUUCCAGAGUCACGUGGAACAUGAUGCCAUGAUGGCUUUUGUGUUUUUAAACAUGGAGUAGUUGUGGGUCCGUGGCCAGCUGAAUGACUGAUCUCAACAGCACAGAGGAAGCAUCUCAAACUGGUGGCUUUCAAGACUGAGGACUGUCUCUUGUUCAGGGUUUGAAGGGUUUGGGUAGGGAGGUAUGGGGAUUGAAAUUUUCAUGAACUGCUAAACUCAGGUAUAUUUUUCAGGGUGGAAGAGGAUGAUGAUGGAAUUUACUUGUAGUAUUAAUGUGUGUGUUUGGAGCUGCAUCCAGUUUACAGAAUUUACCUGUUGCCUUUUUAAAUAAAUUUUUGUUGUUGGUGAAUGUAUUGUACAUAAUGGGGGGGGAGGGGGUGGGGCCCAAUUUGUAGUGGGCAUAGCACUGGGGUGAUCCUUAACUGUUUACAAUCAUGUCACACUGAAAUCUUUCAGUCUAGGGCAGUGGGGGGAAGAUGAUGGAACUGUUUGUAAUUUUUUUAAUCUUCCCCACCCUCGUUCCAGUACUCUGAGGCUGAGACACUACUCUUGAAUUGAUCGCAGGGAUUUUCAGGAGCAAAACAUGGCACUCCACUCUCUCAUCCACAGGUUGAGUGCACUUCCAGCUCCUGCCAUCAUGGGGAACAAGUAAACCAGGACCAGGAAUUGAAACCAGGACAGAUCUCAUGGCAUUGCCCCCUAGACCAGAGUAGCAACCUUGCCUGACAAUUGUGAUCCCAGUCAUUCAUGUCUCAGAACAUUGCAGAUGGUGCUCUGUGCUUCAGUUGAAGCAGUGCAGUUUGAAGACGAGGUCAUGGAGUAGUAUCAUAAAGUUAACUUUGUUGGAGCAAAUACGGUGCUAGCAUGUAACACCUCUCAGAACAGAGAGAGGAAUAGAAAUGUUCCCAGUUUUCUCUCAGAGCAAUUUUGCUGUUCUUGCCUCCUGAUACCAACAAAGCAGCAACAGAUGGAUAGUCUCUCGUAAUUCCUGACAACUCCAGCUUAUGUGUGGGAUAGGAGCAUGAAACUGCUUUAAGAGAAGGAUCCGUCUGAUCUUUGCAAAGAAUUUUUCCAACUGAGGCCCCAACUUUGACAUUUGCAAGUUAGUAGAUAAGGGUGAGUUGGAAUUUUUUUUUUCUAGAUAAAAUCAUUAAGUGUGGCAUUUGGGAGAAGAGCAAGACUGCCUUAGGUUAGUGCAGUAGAUUUUCCUGACAAGAGACAUGGAUUUAAAUGUAGCUUUAAUUUAAAAGUUAAAUGAGUUUGGUAGAUUUUCACCUAUGCCUUUAGAGAGAGAUUUUUGUCAAUUUCAUAGGAAGCUACCAAACAGGCAGACAGAUUGGCAUUAGGAGCUAAAAAGAAAGUGAUGUUGUAUAGCAAGACUGAGGUAUACUGGUGAAACUAUGUAGAUCUCUGGUAUUGAUAACAGGGUGUGGUGCUGGUUAAAGUUGAGGGUAUGUCUCUGCAGUGAGAAGGGGUAAUGAUAGCAAUGAAGAUGUAAUAGCACAGGCCUGAGAGUGUUCUAGCAAUCAGAGUAUGUAACCACUUUGCUUGUUAGCACAUAGUUGGUACCAUUGCAUCUUCUAUGCUAUAGUUAGAUGUGCUGGGUAGAUUGCAAUUGCGCCUUCAUUUGCUAGGUUAUCAUGCCUUGAGCGUCCACCAGCAGUCUUUUCCAAAUCAAUACCAGAGUCUCUGAAAUGCAUCCUCUGAGUAUGAAGUAUUUUUGCCUAGCCCCUGUGGCAUUACUAGAUUUGUUCAGAGCUCUGGUGAGUAACAAAAACCCUAAGCUUAAAAAAAAAAAAAAAAAAAAAAAAGCAUUCUUUUAACUAUGAGGAUGAGGAAAGACUAACAUUUUAAUACUAUGCUUACUACUCAUCCUUUCUGUUCUGUGCUUUUUACUGCUCAUAGUACAGACUGGGGUUACAGGCAUUUUCGAAGCCCUGUGCCCGCAAGCAUAACAAGAGUGUAAUUGCACCCCUUAAUUUUUGUGUACUCUUACCCAGAUGCAGGUUGCUGUAAUUUUAUUCCCACUAGAGUCACAGAAAUAGUGAGUGGCAAGGAUAUUUAUAGCGCACAGUUAUCUUUUCUCCAUGUUCAUGUGAGUGGUGUCUGUUCACUGUUAUAACAACGCUCAGAUUAUUUAGUUCAUGCCCAAACCUAGGCCUGUAAACAAAUUAUAGCAAAGCUUCUGUGAAAGUUCUUUCACAGAUCUCAUUAUGCAGAACAUUGAUUUGGCCAAGUUGGUCUUAAUUGUUUGGGUUUUUUUUAAUUAUAUUCCGCAAACAGGCAGCAGCUAUUCCUGGUAGUGUGGUGUUGGUUGGCGCACAGGAUAUAUUGCGUCUCACUAGAAUGAACGGGAGUCGAGUAGUAUCUUCCAAUUCAAAACACACUUGGCCCCAUUCACUAACUAGCAAUACUGAAACAGUGACAAAUAUUUAUUAAAAAUACAGAUAUAUUCAAAUUUCCAGAUUAUAAAUCUAGGAAACACUUUUAAUACACCAGUUGCUUCUGCUCAGAAAAUACCUUUCAGCUCAUUUUAAAUGGAAAGAACAUUUAAAAACCAAGGAACUCUGUGGCAAAGUAUUCUUUGAAACUGGAAACUGAAUUCAUUUUCUACAAACAACUCCUGUCCUACCAGAAUAUGCCCUUCACUUGGUUGGCAGUUAUCCCAAAUGUUGAAAAUACUUCUCAAAUUACUAUAAGCUCUCUGUUAUUCUUUGUGGAUCAGGAAAGUUUGGAAGCUAUGGAGAAUGCAGUGAAGCACUCUGGGCCUGCAGCAAUGAAAACUGGGUCCUAGGGGUGAUCAUAGUGUAUAUGGAUGGUCCGGUGUCAGUCUGAUAACAAAAACAGUGGUGCUUUGGAGAGGGUCAUGGAAUGGAAAGUAGUGGCAGGUGUUUUGAACACCACGUGCAUUAAGUGUGAGAUGAAAAUACUGCCAUCUCUUGACCUAGUGGAGAUGAUGUGGAGGGGAGGGAAGGAACAAAUGUGAUCUACGUAUGGACAAGAGACAGGAUUUUGUAGCUGAUUCAUUCUAGGAAGGUCUCUGGUUGGGUAAGUGGCUCCAGUAGAAUGUAUAGUUUAUAUAUAAUCAAAGCAUUGGCUACAGUUGUGAUGGCCCAUGAUUUAUGUUAGAAAUGUACAUAAAGGAACCAUGAUUAGGAUAUAGGAGCAGGAUGUACCAGGUUAGAAAGAGAAAGCUGUUUGUUGAGUCUUCAUUUCUGAUUAUCAAGCAUUUUGUAAAUAGAUGUUAAUUUUAUUACAGCACUGUGGAAUCCCAGUAAAGUAUCAGGACUUCAUCUCACUAGGCACUGUGUGCCCUGUUUGUAACUUACUCACUCCCUGCCCUACAGGGCGUGUAGUGAGCAGGAUGAGAAUCAGAGAGAUGGAAGGGACCCUGCAGGUCAUCUGGUGUUUCCCCCUACAAGUGCAGGUAUGCACAUCCUAAAUCAUCUUUGUCUGAUGCUUAUUCAGUCUCCUCUUAAAGUCCUCCAGUGAAAGAGAUUCCACAACUUUCCUGAGCAAUGUGUUCCACUGCUUUACUGUCCUAAUAGUAAGGAAGUCUAUCAAGAGAUUUAGUCAAAAUCUACUUCUGCUGCUAAUUAAAGCCAUUGCUUUGUCCUACCUUCUGUGGUAAGGAAGAACAGUUGUUCCACCUCUUCUUUAUGGCAGCCUUUCAAAUAUAUGAAAACUGCAAUCAUCUCCCCCUUAAGUCUCCUUUCUCUGAGAAUAAUAUGCCUGGCUCACCCUUUCCUCCUGUGGCUUGCCACCUUAACCCCAUUAUCAUUUUUGUUACCUGCAUCUGGACCCUCUCUAAUUUAUCCACAUCCUUCUUAAAAUAUGGAGUCCAGUUUUCUUUCACCCUGUAUUUGUGCAUUUGAUUUAUUCUUCCAACUAAUGUUGCACCCUACAUUUUUCUGCAGUGAACUUUAUUCUCCUCUUUCUAGUCCAGCUCUCCAAUCUGUCAGAAUCAUUUUGAAUUCUACUCCUGUCCUCCAAAAUGUCUGCAAUCCUUCCCAGUUUUGUCAUCGGCAGACUUGAUUAGAAAGUGCUCUCUUCUCCUAUCCAGGUAAUUAAUAAACAGACUGGGGACAGACUCCUGGGAAACUUGAUUGAAAUCUCCUGCCGUUCUGAGAUUUGACUCAUUUUAAUACCCUCUGUUUGCAGUUAUUGAGCCAAUUAUGUAUCCAUCUUACAGUAAUUUUAUCUAGCCUGCGAUAUCCAGUUUACUUAUGUUGAACGAGACUUUAUCAAAAGCCUCCAAGUUGGUUUGGCACAGUGUGCUCACAGCAAAUCCAUGCUGGCUGUUAGUGAUCAGCUUUUCCUCUUCCAGGUAUUUACAAAUUGACUAUUUUUAUAGUUUGCUCUGGUAGCUUUUAGGGUAUUGAUCUUCCAAGCUGACCAAUCUAUAACUCUCCAGAUCCUCCUUUUUCCUCUUGUUAAAGAUGGGCACUAUGUUAGCUCUUUUCCAGGCCUCUGAAACCUCUCCUGUCUCCUCCACCUUUAAGACCUUACUUUCUCAUAUACCUGGUGCCUUCAAAUCAGAUGCACACCUUGUUUUGGGAAGUCAGAAUGAAGAAAAAAAGAUUUUUCCUUUUGUGGCUGAAUGCUAACUGCAGGGGAUACUGACCACAAAUGCUGUGGGGGGGUUAAUACUAUAGCUCUGUCCUUGAAAGGUGAAUUCUGUCCCCUCUUUCCUUGAAGCUGGCAAAGAAAGAAGCAGCAUAGCAAUCAUCUUGCAGUAGUGUCUGCUUGUUUCUGUUCUUUCUUGCUUCUAUUCCAGCAAAGAAAAAUUUACUUUCCUUGCUCAAGACACGCAUCCCAGUUUUGGAGGGAUGAUUCUAGGGAAAAGGGUAUGUGUGGUAUGCAAGUAUGGUAAUAUUGCCAGUGGUUCUAAGAUCCCUUCUGCCAGUUCCUUCAGGACCCUGAGAUGAAUUUCAUCAGGCCUGCCAACUUAAAUUCAAAUUAAACAAAAAUUCUCUAAUGCUCUCUUUAAUUACCAUGUUGCUUGGCCUUUCCUUUUCUUUGUCUUUAUUAUUUUUGUGAGCUGCGUGGUUGCAGCUUUUUGUGAAAACUAAGGCAAAGUAGUAAUUGAGCAAUUCUGUUCCCCAUACUGCUUGUAUUUGCAUACAUGCAUUUGUAUACAUGCAUUUGCAUUUCGACCUUCUCGUUUUCCUCUUGCACCUCUUCUUGCUACUCCUUAGCUCUUUUAGUCCUUCCCUAGCAUUAGUUGUCUUCUCUUUGUUCUCUUCCUUCUAACUUAAAUACCCUGUGGCAAGAGGGUUUUGUCCACCAUCCUCGAUACAACUUAAAUUAAAACCCUGCUUAUUAAGUUAACCAGACAGUACCCAGAGAUUCCUGUUUUCCCAACCACUGGUAGACAGAAGUGAUUUGUAGGCAUGGUAUCAGAAGUAGAAGAAAUGCAACUUCUAAUUUAAACUGUCUUCUCUCAAGCAUCUGACUUCUAAUCACUGCAAUGUUUACAGUUAACUUUUUAGCAAAAAUCCAGUGGGCCCCCAUGCUCCCUCUUUGGAACCCCAAGUACUAAUGUAACAUAAAUAAGCAAGCAGUCGAUUCUUAUUUAGAAAGCAUGUUAAGCCAAUCACGUAUGAAAGCAUUCUGAGAAUGUUUUGCUAUAAUUCUAGAUUUGGUGUAAAAACAAGGCCACAUAAUGUUUAGAACAAAUAUUGUACAGACAGACUCUUGGAAAAUGUUUUGCAUUCACAAGACACUCUGUGAAACCUCUUUCCUUUCCAUUGGAUCAGAAUGCAUUUUGGCCUGUGUAGCUUGGACUUCUUGAUCAUGAGGUUGUAUGUCACCUCUGUAAAAAGUAUGCCUUGCUUUUUUAUUUUAAGUGGCCCCAGCACAGCUGUAUACACUAUCCCAGGCGUCUUGGUCUUUUUGUUCCUGUGGAUAGUAUGUAAUAUUUGCUAUCUCCAUAGACUUGCUGUCAUUUAUGUGAACUCCAGUGCACAGAUCUUGGUGGAACUCCUGCAUUUGGCAGCACCUUAAACUUUACGUGCCCUGGCAAUUCAAAUAAGAGUAUUCUGAAGUCUGCUGUCUUUGGCUGCACACUGAUUGAGCUACAUCCAAUGCAGUUUGGAACCCAUGAACUCUUUGUGGAAUCAGUGAUAAUAUAACUACAGCAAAAGCUCCGUUAACCGGCACCUUACAAGCUGGCAUGCUCUAUUAACCAGCAUGCUGGCUUGUAAGGUAAAGUGAAACCGGAAGUGCCUACCAUGGCACUUCCAGUUUCUCUGAGCCCCCAUGGCCCAGGGCAAAGCAGCCUGCACAGGAGGGGUGACGAUGCCCCAGAUGUAGCAGGAGAAGCAGCAGCCCAAACAGGCAAAGAUGCCUGCUUGGGCCUCUCAAUUAACCAACAUAUUUUGUUAUCUGGCAUCCCCCAGUCCCGGGGGAUGCCGGAUAACAGAGCUUUUACUGUAUUAAUUUCAAAUUGUACCUGUCAGACCACCCCAAAAUAGUUAAAAGCACCAGUCCCUUUUACAAAUUUAGAGUUUCUAGGCCAAGUUUGGUGACUUCAAAAGAUGUAAAGAGACUUGUUGCAAAAGUAGACCUUCCUGAUUUUCUUGUUCAGCAGUUACACCUGACAAAUUCAGACACAGUUCUCUUAACAGGAGCCUUAUGGGUAGUGCAGUUUGGAAAAUUUGGAUUGGAGGCUUGGAGAGGUAUCCAAACUGAUGGUUUAACAGAAAGCUAGUCACAGCUCUAGCUAAGGAAAGGGGGGGCUUCCAUUUUUGUGAAAACUAGUUCCCCUCCAGCUUGUCUUCAUUCACUCCUCUAUUAAAAAAGGCUAUAAUUAAGCAAUAGCCUGUUGUAUUUUCUCUUCUGCUAUUCUCAGUCAGCUGUGUCUCUUUAUUGCUAUGUCCUCAGUUUCAAGGUAGAAGUGUGGAGACACUCUGGGGGUUGCCUUCCCUGCAUUGUGUAGCAGUAUUUCUGGCUGGGGUGGGGGACAUGUGGAAGUGAGGAGGGGAUGAUGCUGAACAAAGUCAUGCUUAAUGGUAAAUCAGCAGUCCCUUUUAUCCUAAGGGUCCCUCAGAAUGAACAAUAGUACAAGUAAUGGUGUGGGUGCUAGUGGUUUCUGUUGUCCCAUAGCAGCAGUGCAGCUGGAUCUGUUUUCAUGGUGAUGUCAUCCUGUAAAAGUUUUUCCUGGAGCCCACUGGUGUAGAGGGCUAGCUGUCAUAGCGUUUUUGUUCUGCUUUGUGCAUGGCAUGAGGGUUUUAACAGCAGCAGGUGUGUGAACACUGUAGUCUCUGUAAGGCUGAUAUUAAGAAGGCAGGUUAUGAAAAGUGGUGGUGCAGCUGCAGGUCAUGUGACAGGCUUUUAAAAGCUUGUCCUAAUUGUAACCAAGAAGGCGUCUGUCUCGCACUGGCCUUCAGCCUUUCCCCAUCUGUAUCUGUUUAACAUACAGAUGGGGUAAAACACAUUCCAGUUUUGCAGGUCCCCUGCCGGCCAUGCGGAAGGAAAGUACUUUUAACUGGCACAUAAUGAUCCUAGCUAGAAUGCUGUUGUUCUCUCUUUACUCUUUGCUUCCCACCUCCCUUCCACCCCACCAUUUGGAAGGAGAAUUAAAAAAAACAACCCAGAAAAAACCUCUCCUCUUUUCCAAGUGUCUUUGAAUGAGAGAGAGGAGAACUGGAUUAAUUCAGUCCCCUGUACAUGGGGGAGUCAGGUCAACGUGCAUUUUGACUUGGGAAUCAGGAUGAUCUAAGCAUGCAUUCCAAAUUGUAACCUUUUGGCAGCGCUCCUUCCCUUAGCUACUGGUUCUUGCUUGCUGUAGUGAAGAAGUGGUGAGAUGUUGUAGACAAUACGGCCAACGGUGUACUGAUUCAUGUCACCUACCAGUUUUCUGUACUUCCACUGGGGAAGUUCUUCCCUCUUUUGAUACAGAUGGAGCUCAUCAUAGAGGUCAAGGGGAGAAAGCCAUGUGUGUAGGGAGAGCAAGUAGGAGUUGGUUCCAUCGCUUGAAGCGGGCGUACGUUUGGCACGUGGCCAUUAUUCAGGGCUGAGUAUAAAUUUGGAUUUGAUCCCUAUCAAAGGAAAGAGAGAAUCAUCUAAAAUCCUGCCCUUUAUUGCUGAAACACCCAAGAAAUGGGUAAACUUGAAGAUGAAUCUUUUUCAUGACACAGUGAUGGUUGUUGAGAUCCUUUGGCCCUUGUGCAAGCAAUCAGGCUAGAUAAUCCUAAUGAUUGCCUCUGGCUAUAACAUCAAUGAAUUGAGGAGAGCUGCCAAUUGUCUAAAGUAUUUGAAUGGACUCAGUAGGUUGACCUAAGUAGGAGGGGUGGCCUACCUUGGUGAUUGCCAGAUACCUCCCUGCCCUUUUGAAUCUAAGCUCUGUGGCUUUCCCCUGUUGUGCAUCAGCAUUUUCCCUCUUCCUACUCCUUCAUUUCAAGCCUCUUUUACUCUGCAGGCUUCACUGCAGCUCUGGACUGGUCACUGUGAAAUACUCAGAGUAGAGCUCUUAUGACUAAUGGGAGUGGGGGGCCGAUCCAAGAAAUACGGGAGCCGCCCCCUUUACACAUGCACUUUUACACAUGCUCCGAGGGCUGGGGGUGCGCAGCUCUUUAAUUAGAGCAGCUCUGAGUGCCAGUCUAAUUAUGCCGCAUCGAACAAGCUUUAGUUCAAGCACCCCCGCUGCCAUUUUU